CGUGUUCAUGGCGGAAGCCGCACUGAAUUGAACUGAGAGCAGCUGUUUUACUUUAUUCCGUGCAAAUGAUUUGCAAGGUGGACAGGUAACGCUGACUCCAGAACGGACUACAUUUUUUGUUUUCCGGUUGUGUGUACGGAACUAAAUGUGAACUGGUAGCGUCUAUGUGAGCACUAUUCUGCGUUCCUGAAAGGGUGACAUACUAGCAUGAUGGCUGAGGGCAGUUCUUUUAUUAAAGGCUUGAUUCUAGGGGGUAUAUUUUGCCUGGUGAUGACUUCCUUUGAGACCUUUAAUCCAGGAGUCCACCACUCAAAAGGUCAACUGCAUCUUCACCAUCAUCUGAAACCCCUCAGCAAAGAUGAACUACAAAAGUUACCAGAGAGUCAGAUGUCCGAUCUCACCCAGCAAGUUCGAGUGUACUGUCUCAUCAUGGUCACUCCCAAGCUCCUGGUCCACUGGGUGACAGCCAACGACACUUGGAGCAAACACUGCGACAAAUCAGUGUUCUACACGUCCGAAUCUUCCAAAGCUCUAGAGGCGUUUGACCUACAGGAGCAGGAUGAGUGGGCUAGACUGCGCAAAGCCAUCAAACACGCCUAUGAGAAUGCCGGUGACCUACGCUGGUUCUUCGUGGCCCGGCCCACCACAUUUGCAAUUAUAGAGAACCUCAAGUAUUUGGUUUUGGAUAAAGAUUCAAGCCAGCCGUUUUACAUUGGCCACACGGAAAAGUCAGGAGAGCUGGAUUAUGUGGAGUACGACAGCGGGAUUGUGCUGAGCUACGAGGCAGUUAGGAGGCUGAUAGAGAUGUUCAAAGAUGAGGACAAAUGCCCAGAACGUGGACGUGCCUUGUGGAAAACGCCCGAAGAAAAGCAGCUCGCCACCUGUCUGAAGUACAGUGGGGUGUUCGCUGAAAAUGGAGAGGAUGCGCAAGGCAAAGGGCUUUUCAACAAGAAGAGCACUAGCUCUUUAAUUUCCGACAGCAUGAGCCAAAACCCAGCCGACGUCGUGGAGGCCUGUUGUUCUGACAUGGCCAUCACAUUUGGAGGUAUGUCUCCGAGCCAGAUGCAGGUCUUGAUGUUCGGUGUCUAUAGGCUCCGGCCGUAUGGACACGACUUUCAUGAUUCCUUGACAUUUCUGCCUCCUAAAGACUCUGAUAAUGACUGAUUGACUUCAUGGUUUCUGUAUUGGAACUGUUACUGUGACAACUGAAAUGUUGACUGGGUUCAGGGCUGAAUUUUCUGUGGUGUGUUAUGUGUACUUUCUGAUUGUGUGUGCUGAAGGUUGGUGUUGCUGUGUAAGAUGAGGAUUUUUUUCUCUCCCUGCUUUCUGCUAAAAAUGUGCUCUGGUAAAAGCAAAAGGAUAACGGUUUGUAUAUGAGCAUGAUUUAAUCAUGAGGGCCAGUAUAGGAUAAUUUUGUGCGCUUGAUAAUAUUUUGAAUAAAAAUUUGCUAGAUUUAUGAAUGCUACAUGGAUCAUAUUUGCACUGUGAUGUUUUAUGGUAUACACUUCUACAACUCACCACAAUAAACAAUUCAACAGAAAAUCAGUUAAUUGUAUAUAAGAAAAUGCAAAGUAUAUACUUUAUAUGAUCCAUUUGAUGAUAAUUGUUUAUCCAGCUGUGUUUUAAUUAUUUUUUACAUUUUUCUUUCUUUUCAUGGGUGACUGGUAGGAAUAAUAAAGAAGAAUCUGUUGAUGAUUCAGUGUUUUGGGAUGUAAAAUAUCAGAGGCAAAGGCCGUAUCUAUAGCAUUUGGUAAAAGAAAACGUUCUAUAUUGUCCUUAAUAUAUAUGAAGUCAAGUAAAUGUGGUUUAAAAGUGUAAUCCAAGUACGCUUGAGUUUGUGUUACUUGCAUAAAAACUUGUCUAUUUACGUAUCAAAAUCCUCUUUAUUACAUGGAUCUGUAAUCUUACAAUAGAUUACAACACUUUUGGUUGCUAGGUUGGGAUUAUCUUUAAUAAAUAAUAAUGAAAAUUAU